CUUCCACUGUCCUCUUAAAUAACAACCCUUCACACCACAUCAAAUGUCACAUAACUAAGAGACAGAGAAGGAGCAUGGCUAAUACACACAUUGCACUGCUCAAACUCACCUCCAUCUUCAUUGUCAUCACCUCAGCACCUGAACUUUGUGGAAGCAGCAAGACAUUCACCUUGGUAAAUUACUGCAAGGAAACAAUAUGGCCUGGCGUAACACGCAGUGACAACCACAGUGGCGAUGGCUUCACAUUGAAAGCAGGGCAAUCAACUGUUUAUACUGCUCCUGAUGGAUGGAGUGGGAGGAUAUGGGCCAGAACAGGCUGCAACUUUGACAGUGUUGGCAAUGGAAAGUGCCAUACUGGUGGCUGUGGCACCAGCAUAAACUGCACUGGCCCUGGAAACCCUCCUGCAACAAGUGCUGACUUCAGCCUUGGUGAACUUGAUUACUAUGAUGUUAGCCUUGUGAAUGGCUUCAACUUACCAAUAGUAGUGAAAGCCAUCAAUGGCACAGGAAACUGCAGCACUGUUGGUUGUGAUGGAGAUUUGAGGCAGAAUUGCCCCUCAGAUUUGGCUUCAAAGGACAUUGACAAAGUUAUUGGAUGCCGUAGUGCGUGUGAUGUCUUCAACACUGACGAGUAUUGCUGCAGAGGGACUUAUGGAAACCCUGCAACAUGUUUGCCUUCAAACUACUCCAAAAUUUUCAAACAAGUGUGCCCUGCAGCGUAUAGUUUUGCACUUGAUGACCCUACAAGUCUAAUAACCUGUUCAAAAGCAGACUUUGUUGUCGUAUUCUGUGGAUCAAGGAAUCAAACGACAUGCUCCUAUCACGACAAACAGGCCGUAUGUAAUCGAUCAAAAGCUUACAAAGCCAUACCACAGAGCUGGUGGAUCCUGAUGUUACCAUUGACAUACAUGUUCACUUUAUGGAUCAUGCCUUAGCCAAUUAUGUGAUUGAAGGCCUUUUCUUUGUACAACAAUUCUUUUGGUUGAAAUUUUCUUUGUUGCUAUCAACUGGUUCAGUUUAACAACUUCUUAUGCUCAUCGAUUUUCUUUGAGCUAUAUGCACAAACAUAGAAUAUGCUUCUCAACGUAAUUUAUUUCACCUAAACACAUGAAAGUUUCCUCAUGCAUUAACA